GGAUUUUGUAAACAAUGUUUCUAACCUCAUUAGUAUAAAUAUUUGUCUAUGUAGUUCUGAUUGUUGAAAAAGCUAAAAGUAAUUUAAGAAAAAGAUAUUUAUUUCUCAAAGUGCCACUUGAAUGGAGAACGUUCUACAUUUGUUAUUAUAGAAAAUAUAUACGGUAUGGCUUCCGCUUCAAGUACGAGUGCUCGCAGUUUAUUCAUUGAAUCAAAGAUGCGAUUAGCAGAUAGAGUGCAAGUUAAUGUUAAUAAUAUUGCAUCAUUAGCGAGACAAAUACAAAGAGCAUCUAGAAGUAGUGAAAUUUUGAUGCAUUCAGUAAAAAGUUUUACUCAGCAAGAGCAUGGCUUAGAGAAUUCAACAAAUAAUUUAAAAAAGUUAUCUCUUAUUACGACUCACUUUGAAUACCAAUUGGAUGCUAUUGAUCGAAGCUGUGCGAAACUGGAAGAAGUUACUGAACAAGUGAGAGCGAUGCAACGUUGAUCUAACUUUGUUUUUUAUUUAUUUAUUUUCUUUGUUAAUUUAGUUGCAUUUUAUUAAGUUUAAGAACAAAAAUUUGUAAAGUUUUUAUAAUUUCUUAAGUACUUUAGUUCAGCGCUCUGUUGUUAGUUUUCAUGAACAGAUAUUUAUUAUUUUUAUUAAACUAUUUGUAUAUACAAAUUUUCAUAAUAAACUUCAGUUAAGUUACAA